AUGUUGUCCACGCGUCUAUGCAUAGGCACCAUAUCCGCACAACACAACGAUCAAGUCUUAGACAAGUUAACGGUAGAAAGAGAACGCGGUAUCACCAUAAAAGCACAGACAUGCUCCAUGUUCUAUAAAUUCAAAGGUGAACAAUAUUUACUUAACUUAAUCGAUACACCGGUAAAUAUAUUCAUGAAAACCUACACUUUAACGGAGGCGUGCACAAUUCUUUUGGUGGAUGCUUCUCAAGGAAUACAAGCCCAGACAGCUGCGAACUUUUGGCUGGCGUUUAAUCAAAACCUGACAAUAAUACCGGUCAUCAACAAAAUAGACCUCGAGGCAGCAGAUACCGAACGGGUGAUCAAGCAGAUAGAAAACUCAUUCGAACUAGACACCAAAGACAUGUGUUUGAUAUCCGCAAAAUCGGGGAUCAACAUUGAAAAGAUUUUGCCCAAUGUGAUCGAGAAAAUUCCAUCCCCCGAUGGAGAUGUGAAUAGGCCGCUGAAAGCAUUUCUCUUUGAUUCCUGGUAUGACACGUACGUUGGAGUAAUUUGUUUGAUGGCGAUAAUCGAUGGAAAGUUACAAAAAGGUGAUAAGAUUGUAUCAGCACAUUCAAACCUCAAGUACGAAGUGGCCGAUGUUGGAAUCAUGCAUCCAGAACGGUUUCCCACAGGAUACUUACAUGCUGGUCAAGUGGGAUACAUUAUACUUAAUAUGAAAGUAGCAUCCGAAGCUCACAUAGGUGAUACAUUCUAUCACCAUAAAUGCCCGGUAGAACCGCUUCCAGGAUUUGAGCCAGCAAAACCGAUGAGAUUUCUUGCCGACCAGGUGUUUGCCGGUAUUUUUCCUGUAGAUGCCAAUGAGUUUAACAGGCUCGAUGAGUCAAUCACAAAACUGACAUUGAAUGACGCGAGUGUUUCGAAUCUUGGAGGCAUUACUGGACUCAUGUACGUAAAUUUUAGCACGGCGCUGGGUCAAGGUUGGCGCAUUGGAUUUUUGGGGACAUUACACAUGGAUGUAUUUCGGCAGAGGCUAGAGGAAGAAUAUGAUGCCAAUGUUAUCAUAACUCAGCCAACAGUCCCUUAUAAGAUUAUUUAUCGGGAUGGAACAUCAAAGUUUGUCCGCAAUCCUUCCGAAUUCCCGGAGCCAAACGAGAUGUCCAACAAUGCUGCCGAAUUGCAGGAACCCAUGGUGAUGGCGACCAUAAUUGUACCCAAUGAAUACUUGGGAAAUGUGAUGGAUCUCUGCGGGACCCAUCGAGGAGAACAGAUAGAAUAUAAUUCCUUGGAUGAAUUACGUGUAUUGAUGAGAUAUGCACUACCGCUUGCGGAGAUAGUGACCGAUUUUCAUGAUGAGUUGAAAUCGAGAUCAAGCGGUUACGCGAGUUUCGACUACGAAGAUAUGGGGUAUCAAAUAUCGGACAUAGUCAAAAUGAAUGUUUUGAUUAACAAGAAACCCGUGGACGCACUCGCCGCCAUAUUGCACAGAUCUCAAGUUGUGAUGGUUGGUCGAGAGUGGGCCAAGAAAUUGAGUGAUGUUAUUCCAAAGUGGGUAUUCCGUCUUUUUACGACACUUAUUUUGGCACACCACAAAUGUUCAUCAAGGAUUUCAGACAGUUAUACGAAGUCGCGAUUCAAACUGCCAUCGGUGGGAAAAUCGUAG